GAAGGGGCGCACAUUGAUGACGUAACACAGACGCGUGUAUUCGUCGACGGAGUUAUUAUUGUUUUCCUCACGGGUUUAAGUUUAUUUCCAUUAGAUUUAUAACCCAAAAUGUCUUUCGAAGAUGCGGACUCCUCAGACCUCGGCCUGAGUGGAUCAUCAACGAUGGAGCGUUUUCUUUUCAGCUGCGAGCUUUCGUCUAAAGUACCGUUUUUCACUUUCCAAGGAGAUGAGGAGGAUGAUACGGAACAUUUCCUUGAAUUUAGAACAGUGUGUUUGGGAGAAGGCGCAAAAGAGGAAAGUAACGUGGUGGAGGUGACAGCCAUGAACCACCAAGGCAAGACCAUCUCAGUACCUGUAGCCAACCUUCACAUUAACUGUCUCCCCAUGGUGAGUUUGGGUGAGUUUGAGCUCAAAGCACCAGUGACUGUCCGUCUCAGGGCGGGGACUGGACCAGUAAAUAUUAGUGGACUGCACUUCAUCUCCUCACAGGCUGAGGAGUCAGACCUGUCUGGGGAUGAAGAUGAUGAUGAUGAUGAGUUAGAAGAAGAGGAUGAUGAAGAUCUGAGCCCCAUAAAACCAGCAAAAAAGAAACAGAAACUUUAAAUAUCACACUUGUUUUAUACCAGCUGUUUUUACUUCUCACAUGCAGCCAAGUGAGUAGUCCCUGGGGCAGCACAGUCUCUGUUCUUCAUGUUGGUGUUAACCAGCAAUAUUUCAGUGGAAGAGUUUCAUUUACAAGGACUGUUUUGCUAAGAAAAUGUUUUAAAUAAGCUGUCACACUGACUGUUAUGGACAUUACGGAAAAAAGGAGAAAAAGAAACAUUGAUAGAUCUUAUAAAAGUCAAAAAGUAUUGUUGCUACUUCCACUUCCCUCUGUAACUGGGAGCAGGAAGUAAAUAGUGUUUUUCUAUUCACGUCAUAAAUAAAAAAUGUCAGUUGGUUUAUGUUGAUUUUAAAUCUGCAUUUAUGUACACCUUAAACAGGGUACAUGUUUAGGUUGCUACAAUGGAAAGGGCACAGUACAUAUUUGUUUGUCAGUUAUUUGCAACUUCUAUCUUUAUUUGAGUUUCUCUUGAGGCUUAGGGAUGAUGCUUUAAACACAUAAAUGAACAGUUCACACAGAAGAAGAGAAAUCGGUGCCAAAGAUCCAAAUGUCACCUUGAAUUAACCAGCUGCAGCUUCUCAUUUACUGUCUCAUAAACUCCAUCUCAGUGUUGUCUGCUGAUGGAGGGAUUCUUUUUUAUUUUUGUAAGUAUGCCAAGCCUUUAGUUGUGCUUAAAGGUGCACUGUGUAACUUUUGUGGUGGAGAGUCAACCACUUUACUUGCUUGUUUUCUGUUUUCAUGAAAACAAGUAGAUGAUGCAACCAGGCCAAGUUUCAGGUCAUAUCUGAGGAGUGGUGACCCCACUCUUUGUAAGAAUGCAUGUUUCUCAAUGUACAAAAAUCCCUGUAAUUGAAUAAAUGCAGGAUAGAUAUGUUUAUGGCCAUGUUGUGGAACAUUUUAGUUAAAAUAUUAAUAUCUCCAUGGGGACAAGCAUGUGGUGAAGCUGCUACCACAAAAGCUACACUGUGCGCCAUAGUAAAAUGUGCACCUUUAACUACCUAAGAUGAGAUUUAACUUUAACCUUUAACUAUCUAAAAUUUAAUAAAACAGACAAAAUGUUUUCAUAGCUUUUAACAAGAUUGGGUGUUUAUAAUAAAUACACAUACUGUGCAUCAUUGUGAUCUGGGUAACAGCAGUUGAGAUUUUUAAGCAGAAAAUGUCGUGCUGCUCUUUUGUCAUGGUUGCAUUAAUUAGCUUGGAAAAAAGUUGACAUUGCUGUAAAUACUAAAAAUUAGCUUUUAACCAAAUUAGUUAAGCAUUUGAACAUGAUGUUGAUUUGGAUGUUAAGAGCUAUUUUCAAAGAAUGCUUAUUGCCAUUUUACAGUGCAGUUUGCUGCUGCUACAAGCUUAUUGUUCAUCUGCUCUGCCACAGCCAGUCUGAACAUGUCUGACCUUUGUCUGACUCUGCAGGUGUGAACACCAAGCAUGCAAUGUAAUCAUAUCAAUGUGGCUCUAUAAUGACAUGAUUUAUUUUUCAAUACUUUACUUUAGGGCUUUAAAUAUGGCAAAAAUAUAAACACCUUUGUCCUGUUUUAUCAGUGCAGUGCUGAUUUAACAAAAUGAGUAAGUUUACAUACACUAUGAAAAAAGAGACUUUUUUUCUCACUGUCUGAUGUGAAAUCAGACAAAAAAAUUUCCUGUCUUAAGUCAGUUAGGAUUACCAAAAUUAUUUCUAUUUGCUAAAUGCCAGAACAAAGAGAAGGAUUUAUUUUUUUUUACAGUUUUACAUUACUUUCUUCAAAGUCAGAAGUUUACAUACAUUCCAUUAAUAUUUGGGACUAUUGCCUUUAAAUUGUUUGACUUGGAAAUUUGGCCGAUUGCUCCUGACAGAACUGGUGUAACUGAGCCAAGUUUGUAGGCUGCCUUGCUCACACAUGUCUUUUCAGGUCUGCCCAUAAACUUUAAUAAAUAGGAUAAAUAGGAAAAAUAAAUAGGAUUGAGAUCAGGGCUUUGUGAUGACCACUCCAAAACAUUGACUUUGUUAUCCUUAAGCCUCUUUCAAACCAAUUUGGUAUUAUGCUUCGGGCCUUUGCCCAUUUGGAAGACCCUCCUGUGGCAAAGAUUUAACUUCCUGGUUGAUGUCUUGAGAUGUUUCUUCAGUAUUUACACAUAAUGUUCUUUCCUCAUGAUGCUAUCUAUUUUGUGAAGUGCACUAGCCCCUCCUGCAGCAAAACAACCCCACAACAUGAUGUUGCCACCCCCAUAUUUCACAGUUGGGAUGGUGUUCUCAGGCUUACAACCUUCCCCUUUUUCCUUCAAACACAACAAUGCUCAUUAUGGCCAGACAGUUAAAUUUUAGUUUCGCCAGACCUGGCUUUUUUUUAAAUCUUUCUUUUGGAGUAAUGGCUUCU